AUGCGUGCGCGCAAACAUACACUCACACAGGCGUAUGUGGAAGACCUGCUGCGGCGCACCACCAUCAAGGCCUGGUGCACCACCCACGGCAAGGAGCCCGCGCCGCCGCGCCUGCACCCGGCAAUCCUGCGCACCAUCCGCGAGUGGUUUGACCUGGUGGAUGACGACGGCAGCGGUACCCUGGAGCACCACGAGCUGAUGGCUGCGCUGCAGGCGGCGCGCAUCCCUGCUGACGCGCGGUCGAUCCACGAGAUGAUACGGCUGAUGGAUGCCAACAGGGACGGCCGGAUAGGGUGGGGCGAGUUUGAGGGCUACAUGAUGCAGGAGUUUGCCGCGGGCAAGCACCUGCUGUCUGGAGAGUACAUGCUGCCCAGCGGCACGGCGCUGCCCUUUGGCGCGAUGAUAUCAAAGUUGAAGCGCUCUCAGAUCUUGGGUGACGUCAUGGCGGGUGGGGAGGCCCGCACAAA